CGCCCCGGCUGUAGUGGAACAAACUCUGAGUCCCUUCCCUCACUCUGGCACAAUCCAUGCCCAGAGUGUCCAAGCCCCAUGCAGAUAAUGGGACUGUCCUCCCCUCACCUCCUGGGCAGGGGAGGACACUACUAGCCCCAUUUUACAGAUAGGGAAUGAAGGCAAUAAAUUGACCUCUCCGAGGCCACACGUACAAACGUGGGGUGGAUCUGGGAACUGGAUUGGAGUCUACUCUAGUGCCUUCCCCACAGAGGUAGCUUCACUUCCUGCCCUUCAUUCUUCCCUCCCUUCUUGGCCCUUCUUCAAUGGGGUCUCUGAAUGGGAAAUGAGCAGGGGCUUCCUCCCCUCUCUGUCUUCCAGGCUCUGGGAUCUGUCUCUAUCUCCUACAUCAAUGCAGUCUGCAGCUGGCCCAGCUUGGGGAGUAAUGACCUCAUCCUGUCAAACCGGGAAGAGCUGGCUCUCAGUGAUGCUUAGAUGGAAAACCACACACUCCUCACGGAGGAAAAGCAUCCCCAAAGGACAUGUGUAAGGAUCCUGGACUCUAUUGCCCGCAAGAAGCUUCAGCCACCUUCACAGCACUUGCAGCUGUGGAUCUGCUCUCCCUGGGCCCAGGAGAGGAGCCGAGCUGUGAGAGCCCGGGCCCAGAUCUUCAUGUUUUAUCGCCUCAGAGCCAUCACCGAGCCACCGUGCACACCAAGACAGGGGCGGUGGCGACCGUGCUGAGCAAGACGCAGAAGGAUGAUAGCUGCAGAGAGAGCCCUGCCCAUGUUGCUAUGGGCCAUGGUGAUCCACCCAAAGCAGGCCCUGAGAAGCAUCCCGUGGCUCCUUCUUCCCAGCCUCCAGGCCAGCCAGGAGGACGAACGCAUGGCCUGCACUGUAUUGUUGGCAGAGUUCCUCGGCAGCCCCCUGCUGAUGGAGAAGGAUCCCGAGGCCAUGCGGAAGCAGCUUUGAAGGCCAUGCGGAAGCAGAGAGAGGACAGCAACACCCACAUUCGAGGCAGAGGGCUGCACGGCCUCAGGAACGCAGUAACCGAGUUCCCGCACAAGGUAAGGAAGAAACGAGACCAGAUCCUGGGGAGGUUUGUCUGUGCCAUGUGCGAAUGCUGCGCCCCCCACGCCGUUGUGGAUGCCAUGGAAGGGCUCUGCUGGAUGCUGCGGGACCCCAAUGCGUCUCUGAAGGCGCACGUCGCCGUCCUGCUGGCCCUGCAGGCGAGUACAUUCUUUGAGGAUGAGAACAGCGGCCUGAGGCGGGCCUCCAUGGAGCUCUUUGGCAACCUCACCAAAUUUGUUUGCAAGAAGUCAUCCCUCUUUAGGGCUGAGGUGAAGGAGAGAAUGGGGAUGCUGCUCAUCCACCUACAGGACGGGGAUCCCCAGGUGGCCCAGCUCCAGGACUGCCUGGAGAGGCUGAGCAAGAAGGCUGCCCUGAGAGCAGCCGCUGCCCAGCAGCUGAUAGACAUCAGUGAUAAAGGGGCUGCAGCAUCCAGAUGACAGAAGCCGGCGAUGAACACCAACCGUGGACGAAUGAACUAGACAGAUGCACAGAGAUGGUGGAGUGCUGUGCUGGAGGAAGGA